AUGAAACGGGUCUCGUUAGGAUUGUUGGUAAUAUUAUGUUUAGCUGGUGUAGGCGCGCAGAAUAAUGCGAUUUUCAAAAAAUUCGAAUAUAAACAUUCUUUCCGAGCCCCGAAUUUGGCACAAAGAGAUGGAUCGAUUCCAUUUUGGAUUGUAAGUUGAAAAAAUAUGAAAAAUGAAAUUAUAUAAAAAAUUAUGGAUUUUUAGGUGAGCGGAGAUGCAAUUGCUUCUGGUGAACAACUUCGUCUUGCUCCAUCAAUGAGAAGUCGAAAAGGAAUUGCUUGGAAUAAAAGAUCAUUUGUUGAAAGUGAAAAUUUCCAAAUUGAUGUUUCGUUGAAAAUCGGAGGACAAGGAAGAGUUGGAGCUGAUGGUCUUGGUAUUUGGUAUACAUCUCAACUUGGAGCACUUGGACCAGUUUUUGGAGCAAAUGAUUUUUGGACUGGAAUGGGUCUUUUCCUUGAUUCUUUUGAUAAUGAUGGACUUAAAAAUAACCCGCAAGUUUCACUCAUGUUGAAUGAUGGAACAAGAUCAUAUGAUCAUCAUACUGAUGGAUCACAACAAAUUGUGUCAAGUUGUCAACGUGAUUUCCGUAAUAAACCAUAUCCAGUUCGAGUUCGAAUUGAAUAUUUGAAGAAUGUUUUGACUGUUCAUAUUGAUGAUGGAAUGCAACCAACACCAAGAUAUGAAUUAUGUAUGAGAGCUGAAAACAUUUUCCUUCCAAGAAAUGGUUAUUUCGGAGUGUCAGCUGCAACUGGUGGUUUGGCUGAUGAUCAUGAUAUUCUUGAUUUCUCAGUCUCUUCAUUGUUUGGUGAACAACAAAAACCACAACCUGCUGCACAACAAAUUCCACUUCAAGAAAAACAAAAAUAUGAUGAAGAAUUUGAGAAACAAAUGAAAGAAUAUGAAGCCGAACAAGCAAAAUUCAAAGAACAACAUCCAGAUAAAGUUAAAGAAAAUGAGUAUGAUGAUCCAACGUAAGUUUAGAUUUUUAAAGUCGAUUUAAAUCAAAUUUAGAUGUUUUCAUGAAAAUCGAACACACUAAUUAGAUCUAAUUAAUCAGAAGUUUUUACUUUCAAUUGUGUCCAUCAAAAACUACUAGUAAUAAUCCAUUCUGUCAAAAAUAUCAGAAUUCGUGUUUAGAAAAAAAUUCAGUAUUCAAUAUUUUCUAUAAAGCUGAAUUGUUUCAGAAAAUUCUACGAAGAUGCAACAGCUCGCGAACUUCGUCUUAUUUAUGAAUCACAAAAUGCAAUUCAUCAAGUGAUGCAAAAUAUGGAUCAACGAUUGGCACAAAUCCAACAAACUCAAUUAACUGGAUCUGCUGCAGUUCCACAAACAACUGGUGGACAACAACAACAACAAGUUCCAGUUUCAGGUGGAGGUGUUGCUAGUUUCCAACCACACGAAAAGAAUGAAGUUAUCCAAUCACUUCGUGAUUUGACACAAACUAUUCGAGAUAUGAAACAAUAUGUGAAUGAAAUAUUCACAAAAACAUAUAAUAUUGAUCAGAAAAUUCAACAAGGAGGAGCUGGAGGAGGAGGAGGAGCAGAUAGUGAAUUACAUUCAAAAGUAGAUAGUUUAUUGAACGAAUUAAGAGUUAUUCGAUCAACACAAGUUCAACAAGUUUCUCAACCUGGAAAAACAGGAAGUGCCACUGAUUGUUCAAAUAUUUCAUGUGUUUCAUCCACUUUCUUCUUGGCUAUCAUUUUCGUUCAAUCGAUUAUUAUUGUUGUUGUUGUAUUUGUCAGGUUUGUUAAUUUAAAGUCGAAGAAUCCCUCGUCAAAUAUUUUAUUUUCAGAAGCAAACAAGACAAAGCAAAAUUCUACUAA